AUGGCAGCCAGCCAGCCCCUGCUAUGUCCACAAAACAUCGGGCGCUGGCAAGCAAACAGGUUGAAGAUUGAAGCAGCCCGAUCACUGGCCAUGUGGCGCGCCUAUCCCCUGUCUGUAGAGGUAGCCAGAGGACACACAGUCCAGGUUCAAGGUCCCCAACAAAAUUCUUGUAGCAGUGCAAGUGCGGGUGGCGUGGUAGUAUGCCCUGCACAUGAAUGA